CUCCAAAACUUCAUCAGCGUUUGCCUCACCUAUUGCUUUACUUGAAAAACUCCGAUAGGGAAAGGAGUGCAUGGAUGCAGAUAAGCAAGUAAAUGACAUCGCAGAUGAUAUCAAGGAAAAGGACAUCGCCUGGAAAGAACUCAAACUAUAGCAAUAUAAUCCGUGCCUUUCAGCUAUGCUUCUCUCUUAGAAAUGCUGCUUUCAAUUCUGGUGGUAUCCUGGCACCUUCCUACCGAUGAUCACUUUUUUACACUAGCAACUGGAAUGCUAGGUUUUGCCGGAAAAAUAUGUCAGACACCCGAGGUUGACCCAUAUUUAGGAGUUGGCGAUGACACUCAAGUGUAUACAAAGUACCAAGCAGAUAUAAAGGACUAUGGUUCUGACAUUGAUCAGCAAGCAGUGACAUCUUCCCUGAUUAACUUGAGAAAAGUAGUGAGCAAAACUGAGGAACAUAUAUUCGACAUUAUAGUUCGAGUCCUCGCCUCUUCAACCGGUGUAAGUUCUUAUCCAUUGGUUUUCAAUAUGCUUUUUUGUAUGUGUCAGUUAUGAUGUAGUGCUAUUAUUGCAUGGUAGAUUAACAGGUCUAGCCAUGUUUAAGUGGCGGGGUUAGGUAUUUGGUCAUUGAUUUGUUGUUCAGUUCUGUACUAUGCUAAUUGUACAUUAUUAGGAAGGUAUGCGCAACAUAAAAAUAAUUUCAUUGUUUGUAUGACUGCUCAUAUUUUCUUUACUAUACUUGUAUGACUUGCUAAGUAAGUUUCUGCGAGACUAAGUAGUUUAUAGUUCUUAGUUUGCAAAGUUUAAGUCUAUGCUUAAAAGCUUCCCCCUAAAUAUAUCUGGAGUUUCAGUUUGAAGUUUCCAACUAUUGCUAUUUUUUAUACUUGACUGUGCUGUCCUUUUUUUUCUCUUAUUGUUGCCGAGUCUUGAGAGGUUGAAUUGUGUGAUUUUUUUUUGUUCUAUUCUUAAAAUGAGAAAUGUUUCAAUGAUAUCUGGAACUGAACAUGCUAACUCGUUGGUUUUAAUAGUCUUGAGCAUUUUGAAAUUUUGUUUGAUGGAGUUCUGUAGCAUAACCCUUUAUGUUUUGCUAACUGACUUUUGCUGGUGUUUAUUAGCUAUUUCAGCGUGUAGGAAAUUACUAGGGAAGUCUAAAAAAGGCUUCAUUGUUUUUAGUCAAGUUCACCUUUACACCCUGUCUCGUAGAAUUAAAAUUAAGGAUGUUGAAGUUGAGACCAGUAUUAAUUAUAGGUGAAAUGAGUUUUUAUUGAAGCAGGAUUGAUUCUGUUAAAUCAUGGUCCUUGUGAGAGUGAUUGCUAGGCGGCAUUCAUAACACUGCACCUCGUCAAUACUAAAGUUGGCUUCAUUUUUUAUGUUUUGAGUGUUUGGCUAAUAUGCAUAUAUUGUUCAUCUACUAUUGAUCUCUUGUUGCAAAUUGUUUCAAAUUCAAUUUAUUUCCCUAUAAUGUGAUAUUUAAUAGGAAUGGUAUCUAUGAUAUUUGCUAUAACUAAGUUGGUAAUCUGA